AUGACCAAUGUAACAAAAGUAAUACGACCAUUUUUUGAGAAAUAUGUCAAUCGAUCAUCAGUUGAAUCAACUGUUCUUUCUGGUGCCUUAUUCAAUGUGAUGCCAAGAAGUGGACUAACCGAACAAGUGCACAAUAAUCUUAGUAAUAUUCCUAAUGUAACAGUCUAUAAGCGUGAUGAAAUGCCUGAACGUUUUCAUUAUUCAAAGCCAAAACAUCGACUUGGCGAAAUCACCGCAUUGCCAGAUGUGGAAGGUCACAUUAUAUCAGGAGCAACAACUAAUGCACAAUAUGAUAAUAAAGGCAAUCACGGAUGGGAUAAUACACUACCAUCAAUGCAAGCCAUAUUUAUGGCUCGUGGUCCUUCGUUUAAUGAAAAUGUUCAAAUUGAUUCACUUAAUAAUGUUGAUAUUUAUCAUAUUGCCUGUCAUAUUCUUAAACUUAAUCCAAAUCCGCAUGCUACUGCUGGUUCUCUUGCCAAUCUUACUAGUCUUUUUUCGCUAGUUAAAAAUGAUACGACAUCAAGUACCUUCGUAUCUAGCAGUUCAACAACACAAAAGGCUUUUAUUACUGAGCGUUUUAAUGUUCAUAUUUCAACAUCAUCACUUGUUGAAAUAGUAAAAUCUACAGUGUUCAAUAAUCAAUUGCGCAUGGUUUUACUUGUAUAA